AUGCAAAUGGAUCAGCAUCAUCUCCGAGUACGGGUGGAAGCAACACCAUUUGACACGUCAGGAGGCCGCCAAGAUCAACGAGGCGUUGGGCGAGGUGGCCAGUUCCCCCGCUACCAUCUACAUCUGGUCAGCAUGACCGCGAGUCACAACCCAAUCAGCACCAAAAGAAGGUUAUCUUCUGCAGUUCAUAGGACUCAAGAGGGAUGCACUAUCGGGAGCUCCCAUCUUACAUCCGCACGGUUCACCCCUAAGCGUUCAUGUGGCGGCUCCGUGAGAUGGCCGCUGCAUUCCGGGAAAAGAGUCCGAGACGUGCUACUGUCCACCUCUUCCACGACAACGCACGGUCGCUUGUCGCUUCGGCCACUCGCCUCAACUGAAGACUUCGGUUGGGAAACAAUCCUCGGCCUUACGCUGUUCUCCAAACUUCGCCCCAUCAGACUGCCACUUGUUCCGAGGCCUAAAGCAUUCCCUGAAGCAAAACCUUAA